GAGUCUUCGUUGCAGUUUAAAGUUGAUUCUCAACUUAAAAGUUGAUUCUUCGCAAGUCGAAACAGGACACGACUUCAUUUUGAUGGUCGCGAAAACUGAAAUCCCUUUGUGCAUCUUCUCUUCCAGAGGUUAAUAUCGUUCACAACCCAAGAAGACCCAUCCAUUAGACUCGCAAUCAUCACUUUCGUGGCGUCCCCCCCUCUUAUCUGAGCUCGAUUGAGACUUCCUGUGUUAGCUUAUAGAGUUGGGAAGCUGUAGUCCGCGAAGCUCCAGCGCGCACUCGCUUCUGCGCAUAAUUAUACUGGCGUUAACAGAAACUGAGCGAGCGCAGGGUACGACAACGAGUUACCCACAGAGACUCAACGAGGGGAGAGAGGGACACAGACACCGAAGUGUGCGCAAGAGAGCACGGAGAAAGAGCCCAAAAAGUGUGUGAGUCUGGGCGAGCGCACUCACUAGUUAGAUAACUAGUCAGCGACAGGGAAAGAGUGUGGACGAAAAGGCCACAGAGCGACAACAACUGGAAGGAAAAGUGUCUCCGGUCGGAUUAAACAUCGGCGAAAUAUCAGUGCAGUAUGGCCUCGGAAGAGCUCUACGAGGUUGAGAAGAUCGUGGACAAGCGGAAAAAUAAGAAGGGCAAGAUGGAGUACCUGGUCCGCUGGAGGGGCUACGGGUUCGAGGGGGACACCUGGGAGCCGGAGACGCACCUGUCCAACUGCAUGGAGUUCAUCCACGAGUUCAACCGUCUGCAGAGCGAGCGGCAGCGGGACGGCUCCCUGCUCCGCUCCACGCGCAGCUCGCCCAGCUCGGGCCCCAGCAACGCCCGCAAACAGAUCUCCAGACCGCAGCUCGGGGGCCACGCGCUGGCCAAGAGCGCCGGCCCCGCCGCCGCCGCCCCCCCUCCCGCCGCCGCCGCCGCCGUCCCCACGGUCGCCAAGCGACAGCACCAAGACCCGCCGCUCGGCGCCGGCGACUCGGACGCUAAGGCGGACGCCCCGCCGUUUCUCUCCGCCCCAAAGUACCGGCGCACCGGCAACCCCAGCAACCCCAGCGGCGUGGCGGCGGCCGUGCCGGGGGCCCACGCCGUCGGGCCCGGCCGGCGGACCAUGGACCUGGCCCGGUCCGGCAUCAAGAUCCUGGUGCCCAAGAGCCCCAUGAACAGCCGGGCGGACUCGGAGGAGUCCCCCAGCGAGGCGGCCCACAGCCUGGAGCAGACGGGCCAGGAGCCCGACGCCGUGCCCCCCGAGGUGGCCCUUCUGGAGAAGCCCCCGGCCGCCCUGCUGGGGCCCGGGGAGGAGAGGGCCCGCAUGGGCACCCGCCCGCGCUCCCAGACCAUCCUGCCCCCUCCGCCUGUCCCCAUCACGCCUGCGGCCGUGCGCACGCUCAACGGGAAAGGGACGUCCACGUUCAUGGCGGCCCUGGCGGCCAACGGGACGGCCAGCCUGCAGAGCGCGGUGACGGGCGUGGUGGGCAAGCGGCGCCUGGAGGAGCGCUCCUCGGCCUUCGACAAGCGGCUGCGCUUCAGCGUGCGCCAGACGGAGAGCGCCUACCGCUACCGCGACAUCGUGGUCAAGAAGCAGGACGGCUUCACGCACAUCCUGCUCUCCACCAAGACCUCCGAGAACAACUCGCUCAACCCCGACGUGAUGAAGGAAGUGCAGAGCGCCAUGACCACAGCAGCAGCGGACGACAGCAAGCUGGUCCUCUUGAGCGCGGUGGGCAGCGUGUUCUGCUUUGGCCUGGACUUCAUCUACUUCAUCCGCCGACUGACCGAUGACAGGAAGAAGGAGAGCACCAAGAUGGCCGAAUCCAUCAGGACGUUUGUGAACACCUUCAUCCAGUUCAAGAAGCCCAUCAUCGUGGCGGUGAACGGGCCAGCGGUGGGCCUGGGGGCCUCCAUCCUGCCGCUGUGCGACGUCAUCUGGGCCAAUGAGAAGGCCUGGUUCCAGACGCCCUACGCCACCUUCGGCCAGACGCCUGACGCCUGCUCCUCCCUCACCUUCCCCCGCAUCAUGGGCGUGGCUUCUGCCAAUGAGAUGCUGCUGAGCGGGCGCAAGCUGACGGCCCAGGAGGCCUGCUCCAAGGGCCUGGUGUCCCAGGUCUUCUGGCCCGGGACCUUCACACAGGAGGUCAUGGUGCGCAUUAGGGAGCUAGUCUCUUGUAAUUCAGUUGUGCUGCGGGAGUCCAAGGCAUUGGUCCGCAACACCAACAGGGCGGCGCUAGAGCAGGCCAACGAGCGGGAGUGCGAGGCCCUGAAGAGGGUGUGGGGUUCCCCACAAGGCCUGGACUCCAUACUCAAGUACCUGCACAAGAAGAUCGAUGAGUUCUGACCAGGCAGCUCCCGCCUGUGGGGUUCCAGCCUCCGUCCUCAGAGCAGAGGGUGACAGACAACACACACACACACACACACACGCACACACGCACACACGCAUUUAAAAACACCAAAGGAAAACAUGUACGCGCUUGUCCGCGGUCACGUGCGCACACGUGCACGUGCACACAUACACACCCACGUGCACACGCACACACACAGACAGUUGGAACGUGCGUGUGGCUCUGUCAGUGUGAGUGUUUUUGUGGCAUGGAGAGCCUUCUUCAGGGUUGUGUGGGCCAAGUGGAGCAGAGGAUUCAUUCUAAACCGAAUGGAAAAAGCAACAAUUGACUCUUUCCCCACCUCCCCAUUAUGCACUGUUUGACACCCAAAAGGGCCAGCGAGCAAAACAACACUGUGGGGCCACUUUUUGGUGGGUUGAUGCUUAUGGGGGACAGUGUUUGCCGUGACACAGCCGCCACUGAACCACGCUUCAGUGAGUUGACGUUGGCGGGGGUCAGGCUUUGUCAGUGGGAGAAGGGGAGGAGAAAGAAAGUGUCUUAUCAAAUAGCUUGGAUUGGUGUUUACUUCUGUAUCGGUAUGAACAAGCCUUAUUAUUAUUGUAUGUGCACCUUGAAAAUAUUCAUACUGAGCAGCUGCCACAUGAACAGAGGCAUCAUAUUUGCGGCACUGAGAUAUGAUGCUAUGGAUCGUCAUCGUGGCAAUAGAAGAUUGCUUUAAUAUUUUGCUUCAGCCCUUCAGCAGAGUUGACCGCUUUCAAGACAACAACAUUUUGUUGAUCCUUAUUUUCCAGAAGACCAGCACCACAUGACAAACGCAGGUCAACGCAUGCCUGGCAGUAUUAGACUUCCAACAGACAGGUUCAGCAUAAGUUAUACAUAGCAUUAGCUUUUAAAUGGUGUGUGUGUGUUUUUUUUAUAUAUUUUUCUUUUAUCUAUGGUGUGGCGCAGAAUGGCUGGGCAAAAUGCAUUUAAGAGAAUGAACUGUUAGUGAGUGUGUGUGUGCGCGUGUGCGUGUGCAUGUUUCUUUUCGCUUUUUGGUUGAAGACUUUACACCAAAUAUCUUAUCUUUAAUGUACAUAUCAUUGUCUAGAUCUGCAUAGAAAUGUUUUUUAUUUAAUAAGUUAAAGAAAAAUGACUGUCACACUAUUCCUUCCAAGAAGAACAAGUGAGAAAAUGCCUUCCUGUCGCUCUAGUUUUGCUGCAGUUCCUUUAGCUUCUGUGCGGUUCCUUUCCCAUGAUGCCGUGGGUGCGUGCGUGUCCGCUCCGGUCCCCACGCCAGCUGGAGGCCCGGGUCUUAUUCGCCCGGAGGCCCGGGUCUUAUUUGCCCGGAACAGGAUCAAAUCCCGCUGUCUUUCAAAGAAAUGGGUCUGUCGGUUAAGGAGAACCCUUCAGAAAGGACGCUGUGCUUGUGACGGAUGUGCUGCGAUUACCCGAGCAGCAGACAGUCUGGGGAACCCUGGCUGGGCUUCUGCUAACGAAGGUCCCACUAAACUCCAAACAAACCUGAACGCGUCACCUUUUCAGAGAAACGACUUUGAACUUGAACCCUCCGCAUCAUCCCGGUUAUUGUUUAAUGGAAGUGUACCUUGCUCAGCAAGCUUGACGUGCGCUCUUCAGUACUGAAAGAUUUCCAUCUCUGAGUCGGUACAUUUUUUUAAAAUGAAUUGACGUAAAUGUGUUUUAAAUGAGCGGUUUAUUUAUGUGGUUAUUUAUGCUUGGCGAGAGAGGGGAUGGAGCGGAAUUUAUCAGAUUAUUCCACUUAUGAUUGAGUUGUCUACAGGAAGUGGUAACAGAUAGCCAUGCGCUCAGCUUCUGGUUGAAUGAAACCAGAAACGUUCCACUGUUUAACAAUCUGAGUAGGUAAAUUUCAAAGAAUUGUCCCAGAAAUGAUCUAAAGAUCAUUUUUUCAAAAAUAGAUAAACUACUGUAU